AUGAAGAAUAGAACUUUGUCAGCAGAUUUUAUCCUCCUGGGGCUUCAGGUAAACAGCAAAGCUGCAGGAAUGGUCUUUGCAAUUAUUUUUGCUAUUUUUGUGGUGGCUUUAACUGCAAAUCUGGUCAAGAUAUCCUUGAUUCAGGUGGACUCCCGCCUCCACACCCCCAUGUACUUCCUGCUCAGCCAGCUGUCCGUGAUGGACACUGUUUUCAUUUGUACCACUGUCCCAAAGCUCCUGGUCGACAUGGUUUCUAAGGAGAAGACCAUUUCCUUUGUGGGCUGUGGCAUCCAGAUCUUCCUCUAUUUGACCAUGAUCAGCUCAGAGUUCUUCCUCCUGGGCCUCAUGGCCUAUGACUGCUAUGAGGCCAUGUGUGACCCUCUGCAGUACCCCAUCCUGAUGAACCGCAGGGUGUGUCUUCUGCUGGCUGCUGGUGCCUGGUUUGGUGGGUCCCUGGAUGGCUUGCUGCUCAUGCCCGUCACCAUGAAUUUCCCCUACUGUGGCUCCUGCCACAUCAACCAUUUCUUCUGUGAGAUCCCCACAGUUCUCAGGCUGGCCUGUGCCGACACAUCCUUGUAUGAACGCCUACUGUGCAUCUGCUGUGUAAUCAUGCUGCUCAUCCCCGUCUCUGUUAUUGCAGCCUCCUACUCCCUCAUCUUGUUAACUGUCCACCGCAUGCGCUCCCCUGAAGGCCGGAGAAAGGCCUUUACUACGUGCUCUUCCCACUUGACUGUGGUCAGCAUUUUCUAUGGGGCUCAGAAACAAAGACGUCACAGGGGCAUUAAGAAAGACAUUUGCACAGUGCUCUUCCAAAAGCAUCCGCAAGGGAUGCUUAGAGCUCCAGUGACCUGGAAAAAUGUCUCCAAGGAACAUCCUCUAUGUGCCCUGUUUCACAAGAGACUGUUGGUCAGCUAUCAGAGAUUAUUUACAUUUGGCAAUUAA